AUGAUCACAAGAGAAGCAAUCAAUUGCAGCACUUUAGCUAAACUCAGGCAGCAUUUUCAUGAAACUAACAUCGACUUCUACAACUUAUAUGGCCCAGCGGAAUGUACUCUCACUUCAGUCUAUCAUAGAGUUACUGACAAAGAUAUCGAGAGUGGUAUUAUUCCUAUCGGUAUGCCAUUUCCAGGUAUGCGAGCACAAAUUCUUGAUCGCUUCUCUCAACCAGUUCUUCCUGGACAAGUCGGAGAACUUUAUCUCGACGGUGUACAACGCUUUCCUGGCUAUUACGAUCGAGAUGAUCUCACUCAACGAGCUCUUCAUGCUUCAUUCUAUCGUACUGGUGAUCUUGUUCGACAAGAUCGAGUCACCGGACUCAUCUACUACUUAGGAAGACAAGAUUUUCAAAUCAAACUACGUGGACAACGUAUCGAACUCGCUGAAAUCGAACGAUGUUUAUUAGAGGUCGUUUCGACUUGUGCCGUGAUCAAACAUGAUGAAUAUCUUGUUGCAUAUGUGCAAUCACAUCAGACAGAUUUAGACACAUUGCGACAACAUUGUCAAUCUCAUUUACCUUCUUUUAUGGUUCCAUCAAUAUUCAUCACAAUCAACAGUUUUCCUUUGAAUAAAAGUGGAAAACUCGAUCGACGAAUGUUACCGAAACCAACACAAUCACCGUCGAUUUCCACUGCGACUGAUUUAGCCGAAUUAACAACUGAUACGGAAGAUCAAGUACAUAAACUAUGGUGUGAAGUUUUGAAGUUUGAUGUUCCUCGAUCGAAAACAAGCAGUUUCUUUUCUGUGGGCGGACAUUCGAUGCUUCUCAUGCAAAUCUAUCAUCGUUAUCAAACUUCAUUCAUGUUUGAUAGUAAAAGCAUUUCGAUUGCUUCUUUCUUUCGACACACGACUCUUUGUGAACAUGCUGAAUUGUUGGAAUCUGUGAUGGAAACAACGACUGGUGAGAAGCUAACGUCAUGGACGGCGUUACAUCUGAAUGAAGGUAUCGCUUCAUUUGCACAAGAACGAAUUUUUCUUGACCAACAAAUCAGAUUUACUAAUGGACAAUAUGAUACAUAUUCCGUAGGCGUCUACAAUGAAGUAAAUGUCUUAAAAAUUUCAAGUGGGACAUUAUCUAUGAACCGUCUCAGACGAGCUGUUCGACAGCUUUUGAUGAAACAUGGGGCACUGCGAACUUCACUGGAUUUCGACAACGAAAGCACCGUUCUCACACAACGGAUGGCACAAAUGCAGGAUACGUUCGAAUUUGCACCAACGCAAAUAGUUGAUGAUGACGUGCAUCUUCAUUCUCUUAUUCGAGAAAUAAGUCGCAAUCCAAACUUGUUUCAUUUGAACGAUGGACGGGUAUUCUAUUGUCAAAUUUUUCAACAGAAGUCUUCGCACAGCAGCGCACAUGAUGAUUCAAUAUUAACGAAUGAUAUUAUCCUUUUUGUUUUUCAUCACAUUACUUUUGAUCGCAACUCUCGUCACAUCUUCUUACGAGAUUUGAAUGUCGCUUAUAUGAACGAUGCUCCGCUCUCAAUUGAUGAAAAUACCUUGAACUACAUUGAUUAUUCUCUCUAUGAACGUCAAAUGGACAUGACAUCCGCGAAACACUUUUGGAAAACCCUAUUACACGAAUAUGAUCUGGAAAGUGAACUCGCAUUACCCUUCGAUCGACAUCGAUUACCUCAUAAGGAACGAUCAGGAAAAGCGAUCGUUGCACAAAUUACAUUCGAUCAUCAACUUUCUCAAUCCUUUCUUGACUAUGCUCAUUCAUCAAAUGUCACUCCAUUUCAACUUGGUCUUUCGAUAUUCUUUGUAUUUCUCAUGAAAUUAACGAAUGGUCAACGAGAUCUUUGUGUUGGAAGUGUUUGUGCCAAUCGAUAUCGAAGUGAAUUAGAAGAUUUGAUUGGAAUGUUUGUUGCCACACUUCCCUAUCGUUUACAAUUCGAUCCUUCUACUUCAUUUCACCAACUCGUCAAACAAGUUCAACAGUUAUGUUUCUCAAUCUUAGAACAUUCACAUUAUCCACUUCAACAUAUCAUUGAUAAUCAACAUUCACCUGCUUUUCUUGAGAUUAUGUACGAUUUCAUUCCUCUGUCGUCAUCGAACAAUGAACAAGUGAUUGUUGAUGGAAAUGUACUCGAACCAAUUUCAUUGGAGAAAGAUGAUUUUGUGGCUAAAUUUGAUUUCAUGUUGACUUUGACUGAGAAAUCUUCGGAUGAAAUGAGUUGCUCAUUGAUUUGUUCCGAAGAUCGAUUUGAUCACUCAACUGUCCAAACAUUACUUCAACGAUUCACUCAUCUCUUCUCUCAACUCUUCCAUCCAUCGAUUUCCUCUCUUCACACAUCAUCACCAUUGUACAAAUUAUCUCUCAUUUUACCUGAAGAACAAUCAGUGAUUGAUUCAAUGAGAAAUCACGAUGUGAAUCGACCACGAACAUCAACACGUACAAUUCCACAGUUGUUCAGUGAACAAGUGAUGAUUCAUCCACAAAAGAUGGGUGUUGAACUCGAUGAACAAAUGUUGAGUUAUGGUGAAUUGUAUUUCUAUACACAACAACUGGGAAUGAAUCUGAUCAAUAUUUAUAAUGUAAAAGAAGGUGAUAUUGUAUGUCAAUGUGUUGAACGAAGUAUUUCUAUGGUGAUUGGAAUCUUAUCCAUUGAAAUGAUUGGUGGUGUUUACUGUCCACUAUCACCUCAAGAUCCAACACAACGUUUACAAACUCUUGUCAAAGAAACCCAGUGUACUGUGGUAAUUGUGCACACUCUGACGGAAGACAAGUUUGACAAGGAAUGUGUUACGAUGAAUAUUGAUGUUGCUAUCAGUAUAAAUCAUGUCAUCGGAUAUUCUGUUUCGGAUAGUAGUAUAACCAGUGACAGCAUUGCUUAUAUUAUCUUUACAAGUGGUUCGACAGGUAUUCCCAAGGCGGCUCAAAUACGACAUCGAAAUUUUACUGAAUCUGUUCGAUCAUUGAUUGAAGUCGGUACAUUUAAUGAAAAGGACAUCGUGUUACAAAUGGCUCGAUGCUCAUUCGAUAUUCACGUUGAAGAUAUACUGGGAAUACUUAUAACCGGUGGUACAUUAGUAAUGCUUCGACCAGAUGGCCUGAUGGAUUUUCAAUAUCUAACUGAUGUAAUUAUUGGCAAAAGUAUCACAUUCAUAAAUAGUGUUCCAAGUUAUCUGACAAGUCUGUGCUCCUAUCUGGAGACGCGUUUUGACGACGCAGAUUGGAACCGUUUACGAUCAGUGGUUUGCGGUGGUGAACCAUUACCAUUUCAAUUAGUAGAUAAAUUAAAUAAACACUUAUUGCCAAAACGAAGAUCAACGGAUGCAUGUCACAUAUGGAAUCUUUAUGGCCCAGCUGAAGUUACUCUCGAUUGUCUCUAUCAUAACAUUGAACUUAGAUAUGAUCAAAGUAGUGUACCUGUCGGUCGUCUAUUACCUGGUUAUCAAUGCGUUGUUCUGGACGACUUCUUAGAACCAGUUUUUACUGGCCAAGAAGGUGAAUUAUUCGUUGGAGGUGUGGGUAUCUUUGCUGGUUACCUUGGACGCGAUAAUUUGAACAAAGAAGUGCUCGUCAUGAUCGACAAUCAACUGUUUUAUCGUACUGGUGAUCUGGUUCGAUUAAAUAGUGAUCAACUCUUUUAUUAUAUCGGUCGAAAAGAUCAUCAAGUAAAACUUCACGGACAACGUAUUGAAUUAGGCGAAAUUGAACGAUGUUUGCUUGAUCUUUCACCACAUGUUUCUGCUUGUGUCGUUGUUAAAUGGGAUAAUGAUCAUCUUAUAGCUUAUCUUCAAAGUAUAGAUAUCAAUGAAGAACGAUUACGUCAACAUUGUCAAUCUCGUUUACCAUUGUUCAUGAUUCCUUCAACGUUUGUUAUUCUCAAGCAUUUGCCAAUGAAUGCAAAUGGUAAACUUGAUCGAAAGCUUCUUCCUGUUCCGGAUUCAUCAAUACCUAUCAAUGAAGAGCAUCAUACAGAGCCAAAGAAUGGUAUUGAAAAACGCAUUCAUUCACUUUGGUGUGAAGUAUUACAAUGUAAACGAAUAUCCACAACCGUCAAUAUUUUCACGAUUGGCGGCCAUUCUCUUCUUCUUAUUCAACUUUAUCAUCGAUAUAAGACAAUGUUCAAGUUUGAUACUCAUGCAAUUAACAUUUCCAACAUGUUCCAACAUUCGACCAUUGUCGAUCACGCUCGUUUCAUCGAACAAGCACAAAAUACUCGUCAACAACAACAGCAAGAAGAGAAGUGGCUUCCUCUCCACAUCGCUCAAGGUCAAGUGUCAUUUGCACAAGAACGAAUUUUUCUUGAUGAACAAAUUCGUUUCAAUACUCAAGGUGGUCGUAUGUACGAGGUACGACUGGCGCAUGUCAUUUCCAAUCAGGACAAAUUUCUCUCCAUCGAACGCCUCCGUCGUGCAAUUCAAUCAGUUCUUGUCAAGCAUUCGGUAUUGCGCACAAGUAUUUUUAUCAAUUCGACAGGUACGAUUACACAAUCUCAAGUUCCAAUCAAUGAUCUCAACCAAACACUUUUUGGUUUCACCGUUCUUCAUAUCGAUACCAAUGAUAAAAACAACAUCUCUGAAAUGAUUCAUCAUUCGAAUCUUUUCAACCUCACCGAAGGACGUCUUCUUCAUUGUCAUCUUCUUCUUCGUCAACAAUCAUCUUCAUUACAAAGUCACGAUCAUUUAUCCACUAAUGAUAUCAUCUUAUUUCAUAUUCAUCAUUCUGCAUUUGAUGGUGCAUCAACACCAAUCUUCAUGCGAGAUCUUUCUCUUGCCUACAAUCAAGAUUCUCCGCUCUCAAUUGAUGAAAAUACCUUGAACUACAUUGAUUAUUCUCUCUACGAACGUCAAAUGGACUUGACAUCCGCGAAACACUUUUGGAAAACCCUAUUACACGAAUAUGAUCUGGAAAGCGAACUCGCAUUACCCUUCGAUCGACAUCGAUUACCUCAUAAAGAACGAUCAGGAAAAGCGAUCGUUGCACAAAUUACAUUCGAUCAUCAACUUUCUCAAUCUUUUCUUGACUAUGCUCAUUCAUCAAAUGUCACUCCAUUUCAACUUGGUCUUUCGAUAUUCUUUGUAUUUCUCAUGAAAUUAACGAAUGGUCAACGAGAUCUUUGUGUUGGAAGUGUUUGUGCCAAUCGAUAUCGAAGUGAAUUAGAAGAUUUGAUUGGAAUGUUUGUUGCCACACUUCCCUAUCGUUUACAAUUCGAUCCUUCUACUUCAUUUCACCAACUCGUCAAACAAGUUCAACAGUUAUGUUUCUCAAUCUUAGAACAUUCACAUUAUCCACUUCAACAUAUCAUUGAUAAUCAACAUUCACCUGCUUUUCUUGAGAUUAUGUACGAUUUCAUUCCUCUGUCGUCAUCGAACAAUGAACAAGUGAUUGUUGAUGGAAAUGUACUCGAACCAAUUUCAUUGGAGAAAGAUGAUUUUGUGGCUAAAUUUGAUUUCAUGUUGACUUUGACUGAGAAAUCUUCGGAUGAAAUGAGUUGCUCAUUGAUUUGUUCCGAAGAUCGAUUUGAUCACUCAACUGUCCAAACAUUACUUCAACGAUUCACUCAUCUCUUCUCUCAACUCUUCCAUCCAUCGAUUUCCUCUCUUCACACAUCAUCACCAUUGUACAAAUUAUCUCUCAUUUUACCUGAAGAACAAUCAGUGAUUGAUUCAAUGAGAAAUCACGAUGUGAAUCGACCACGAACAUCAACACGUACAAUUCCACAGUUGUUCAGUGAACAAGUGAUGAUUCAUCCACAAAAGAUGGGUGUUGAACUCGAUGAACAAAUGUUGAGUUAUGGUGAAUUGUAUUUCUAUACACAACAACUGGGAAUGAAUCUGAUCAAUAUUUAUAAUGUAAAAGAAGGUGAUAUUGUAUGUCAAUGUGUUGAACGAAGUAUUUCUAUGGUGAUUGGAAUCUUAUCCAUUGAAAUGAUUGGUGGUGUUUACUGUCCACUAUCACCUCAAGAUCCAACACAACGUUUACAAACUCUUGUCAAAGAAACCCAAAGUCGUCUGAUUCUGGUUGAUUCAUUGACCCAAAACAAACUUCAGGAUGGUGAAAAGAGGGUGAAUAUGGACACGAUGUUGAAUAUGAAUGGAAUGAUAAAUGACAAUGAUCUUGAUCGACUUUCAAAUAUUAAUGUAACAGUGGAGAGUAUUGGCUAUAUAAUUUUCACAAGCGGUUCAACAGGUGUACCAAAAGCGGCUCAAUUUCGACAGCGAAAUUUCCUUGAAUUCACACGAUCAUUUGUUGAAGUGGGAGUUUUCGAUGAAAACGAUACGGUUCUUCAAACGACAAAAUGUUCAUUUGAUAUUCAUGUUGAAGAUCUUAUUGGAACAUUUGUUCUUGGCGCAUCGUUAAUCAUGUUGCGUCCCGAUGGUCUCAUGGAUCUGCCUUAUCUAAUUGACACAAUUGAAAAGAAAGAGAUCACCUAUUUCAAUAGUGUACCAAGUUAUCUUGCAACAUUAUGUUCGUAUCUUGAUAAACGAUUGGAGAAAGCUUCAUUAAAUCAUGUUCGAUCGAUCUGUUCUGGUGGUGAAACUCUACCAAUUCAGUUGAUUCAUCAUUUAAAUAAACAUUUCUCAUCAACAUCUGAGAAUAAAUGUCAUAUAUGGAAUAUUUAUGGUCCCGCUGAAAUUACAAUUGGAUGUACAAUUCAACUUGUUGAUAGUACAUGUCAACAAAGUACUAUUCCAAUUGGCCCAUUAAUUCCUGGUUAUCGUUGUCUUAUUAUCGAUGAUUUUGGAGAACCUGUCUAUGUUGGUCAAGAAGGUGAAUUAUUAAUCGCUGGUGUUGGUGUUUAUUCUGGUUAUCUUGGACGUGAUGAUUUAACAGAAAAAGCACUUACUCAUAUGCAUGGUGAAUUGUUCUACAGAACUGGUGAUCUUGUCCAUGUUGAUCAUAAUUGUGUGAUACAUUACGUUGGUCGAAAAGAUCAUCAAGUCAAGUUACGUGGUCAACGUAUUGAAUUGGGAGAGAUUGAACGUUGUUUACGUGAUGCUUCAUCAAACGUCACAAGUUCAGUCGUUGUUAAAUCUGGUAAAGAUCAUUUGAUUGCAUAUGUUCAAGGUUAUGAUAUUGACAAAGAUAAAUUACAUAACUAUUGUCGAUCUCACUUAGCAUUUUUUAUGAUUCCUUCGUUGAUUAUUGUCCUUGAACAAUUUCCAUUGAAUCCAAACGGCAAAUUGGAUCGAAAACUUUUACCGACACCUGAUUUUUCAGCAAUUACUGAUUGUCAACGUAUCGAUCAAUGGAAAUUAACAGAACUUGAAGAACGUCUUUUGCCUAUUUUUGCUCAAGCAUUUCAUGUUGAAUCACCAAAUGUCAAUGUUCCAUUUGGACAAUUCGGUGGUACAUCAUUAGAUGUGAUCAUAGCAUUAUCAAUGAUUCGACAACAAAUCUCCGAAAAUAUCGGAAUUACUACUCUUUAUGAAAAUCCAUCAAUCAGACAAUUGGCACAAGUUCUCGAACCAUUAAUCGUCACCGAAGAGAAAGACAAACAAAAACAAAGUUCUGAAAUACUAACAACAAUUAAACUCAAAGAAGAAGAUGAUCAUCAACAACAUAUUCUGCCAUCAUUAUUUAUUGAAACAUUAGGAAUAAUAUUUCUCAUAUGUCAAUGGUUAUCUCCUAUAUGGAUGAUGUAUCAUUCUAAUAAUUACUUUUCGAUCUUAUUAAUACCAUUAGUUCAUCUAUGUAUGUACGUUAUCUGUCAACGUUUAUUACUUUGUUCAGAAAAUCAGAUGACAAAAAUAGAUUCUUUGUAUUCAUGGAAUUAUUAUCGAUGGUGGUUUUUAGAACGUUUAUGGACAAUUAAUAAUUCAUAUUGGUUAAAACAUGUUUUCGGGACAUCACUUUACAAUUUUUAUCUUCGAUUAUGUGGUGCACGAAUUGGUCAUGGUGUUCAUAUUUAUUCAACAUUUAUUGAUGCACCUUGGUUACUUGAAAUAGGUGAUUCAACAUUUAUCGAUACAGAUGUCAUUUUCUCGAAUCUCUCAUAUGAUAUUCAAACAUAUCAACUUAAUCGAAUUCGUAUUGGAUCACAUUGUUCAAUUGGUACACGUUGUGUUCUUUAUGAUGAAGUGACAAUAGAAGAUAAGACUUAUAUCGAAUCAAUGUCGAAAGUAACUGGUCAUUUUUCUUCAAUUAUUAAACAUUCAUCAAUCAAUCAUCGAUCUUUUUCAUGGAAACAAAUUAUUUAUCAAUUCAUAUUACUUUCUUGUCUUCUAAUUCUUCAUGGUAUUCUUCUCAUUCUCACUUUUCACAUGUAUCAAUUGUAUUUGAUUAUUUGGAUACCAAUACCAAUUGCUAUUGCUUUUAGUUGUUUGUUUUGGACAAUAACAAGUCUUAUCAUUGUAAUGUUUUUAUUAAAAUUCCUUGUUGGAUGUGUAACACCAGGUAAUUAUCCAGUGAAUUCUUAUUACUUUUUACGUCGAAUAUGGUUUCGUCAAUUGAUCAUCUCAUCAUUUCAUCAUUCGUUUGAUCUUUUCUCGUCAUACAAUCCAAUCUCUAAUACUUUACUUUGUUGGUUAAAUGCUGAAAUUGGCGCUGAUGUUAAACUUGGUGAAUUUCAUCCAAUUCUUUCUUUUCCAUCUAAUCUUCUUCGAAUUGAACAAGGUGUAACAACUUUUGCAAAAGUUCGUUUAUCUUCAUAUGAAAUCACUCAAACAGGUGAUUGUCAUUUAAGUCCAAUUAUACUUGGUUCUUAUUCUAAUCUUGGUAAUGGAUGUACACUGAUGCCAGGCACACAACUUCCUCCAAAAACUAUGGUUGGAAAUUUAACUUUAGUUACACGAAAUACAUCGAUUUCUGCUUGUGGAACGGUGUUAGUCGGUAUUCCAGCUCGUCCAAUGCCUUUUGUAAUGCCAAAAGAAGAACAAAUACCAAGUGAUACAUUUCCAUCAUUGAAUUCUUCAUCAUUCUAUGCAUUUACAAAUACAUGUAUCAUUUAUUUCCUUGGCAAAUGUUUAUUCAUUAGUAAUUAUUAUUUAUUUCCAAUUGUAAUUGCACCAAUUGUUCAUCUAUGUCUUUUCUGUCUUAUACAUCGUUGUUCCAUUUUAAGUUCUUCAUCAGAAACAACGUUGACUUAUUCUCAAACAAUUAAUCGUACACAUGAAUUUCUUUCAACAGCGAUUAUUGAAUUUAAUCUUUUUCUUAGUCCAUUUUUAUCCAAAACCCAAUAUCUUGUUAAUCUUUUUCGUUUCCUUGGUGCUCAUAUUGGAAAAGAUGUGAUUUUACCAAGUAUAGAUUGUCUAACUGAUCCUCAUCUUGUAACAAUUGGAAAUCAUGUUCGUCUUCAAAGAGAUUCUUGUCUUCAGUCUCACACAUUUGAACAACGUAUAUUCAAAUUAGCACCAAUUCACGUUCAAGAUUCGACUGUUCUAAUGAGUUAUUCGAAUGUUCUUGCUGGAUCAAUACUUCACGGUCGAAAUCGUCUUUAUCCUCUUACACUUGUUAUGAAAUAUGAUCAAUUACCAAUGAAUACAAUUUGGUCCGAUGUACCAGCACGUCGAAUUGACUAA